CACAACGUCACGACGCUACUGUUUCUCCCCAUCCUCCGCAACCUCCUCGGAUUCGGAAGUCAACUGGAUUGCUCUCGAAUCAGGCAUCUUACAUCUUUGCAUUCCGUUGUCGUCAUCGGACUGUCUUUUGGUUCCUCUUGUGUGACCUUGAAGCAGUAACCCAUCUUGCCUCACUUAACGGACCAUCGGUGGCAUCGUCUCUCUUUUUUCACCCUACGACUUUCCUCAUUGCGUAUACUUCUCGCCUCUGGCUUAGCUAUUACGUCGUCAGGCCUGGUACAAUCGACUUAGAUACCGUCAAGAUGGGAGAAACAAACGGAGACGUCGCUGCGGAGAUCGCUGUGAUUGAAUACCUAGCCCGAAAGGCUAUCAAGGCCAAGAAGGAUCUGGAAAGCGAGGAAGAUUUCACAUUUUCGCGGCUAGAGUACGCGGCGGUCUACAAAGAUGGAAGUGAUACGCCAGAGUGCUGGGCUGGACCGGUCCCCCCUCUUUAUUUAUGGCAGAGUCGGCUCACAAGCGGUAUCAUUAAAGGAGAGAAAUGCUGGAAACGUUGGAAACAAGACGGGGACAUCGAUCUCGAUCGCAUGAGGAUUGUGCGGGUGGCCGUUUUAACUGGAAGUAUACUUCUAAUCGGAAAGGUUAAGCCAUUCCAACCCCUACCCCGGGAUGGAACCACGCCCGUGUCUGCACCGGUACCUCCACAGCUUCCAUCUAAAACGACCGCCCGGGCCACGCCAGUCCCGACUCAGCCAGUCGCAGGUCCGUCCGCCAAACAGCCUUCACUUACACAACCUACACAACCUCCCGCCCCACCCAGAAAGUUGGCUGCCUCACCAUCGGCCUCGCGAGCCGGUUCGAAGGCUCCUUCUGUUCCAAUCGUACCAACAUCGCAAAGGUCGCCGGCCGCGUUCUACAAACAUUGGGCACCAAGUCUCGCAUCUCUGUUAGGAAGACAGCCUUUGACCCCAAGCAUGUUGUCACAAGCGGAUCUCUUCGAUGACUGUGCGAGGCUCAUCCAGCAACACAUUGAAAUCCAGCAAUAUGAAAAUGGUCAAGCUCCUUUCCUCUGUCUACCUUCUCGGCUCGGUCGUCAACUCUCGACGGAGCAAGAUCCCGUAUCCUCUUUGAAGUGGGAUGUGAUUCUGGUGCGCUGCGGCUUUUCUGGACAGUUGCCAUCCUUGGUGAGGUUGUUAGCUCUGUACAAAGAGUGGAUGCUGCCCGUGCAAGUUCAGACAGAUGAUGGUAUCAGCUGGAUCCUGCUGACCUAUGGUAAAUCCAUCAUGGUCUGGGACCCGGUUGGAACCGCUCCGUCUAGCACUUACGAGAAGCUAGUCUCAAGCCUUCAGAAGAACAUGGAACAUCUCGCACUGGUCGCUGCUCAGGACAUCAGUUGCAAACCAGACCCAUGCGGCGUUCAAUUCCCUUCCAAGGAGCGCUUCCCUCCUAUCCGAUGCGAUCCUCAAGAUUCUGGCUUAUACGUGUUUCUCACUAUGCUCAAACUCGCCGACAUACUCAAACUCGCCGACAACUCGAAAAAGGAACCGAUCGACCUCACCCGGGUCAAACCCCGUCUAGCGGACGUCUCUCGACACAUCUCCAAGGCCCUUCAUGACGGCUACCUUAUAAUCUCAAAAAUCUCCGAGUGUUCCUGACGCUCGACAAUCACAGUAUAGACGAAAUCAACACCACGUCGUGAUCAGCUCUUCCAGGACGAGCGAAUUUUGGAUUCUCGAUAGCAUAGACACUGUUUCUGUCUUUCUGUCAUCUAGAGAACGCAAGACACUACGUCUGAGUAUCCCUCAGUUCCGUGGUGCUAAACGCCAAAGCGAUUCUGAUUGACCUGUACGGCAAAUAGCUUCUCUCGUACGACUAUGACGAUGCCAGUGGCGCAGGCUUAGUAGACUCAAUCGAAUGUCUCCCAUUCCAAUUACUUCUCCCCGCACAAACACGGCCUUUUCGCAAGUGUCCGCUCGCGACGACAAUAGCCAUAAAUGCGGUCGACGAGACUCUAAUAAUGAUGUUAACACACACUGUAUGAGUAGUCGGCUUCCUUCGC